AUGUUCCCCUGGUCGGCCAUUUUCUCCUCAGAGCCCCAGGUCCCUGGCCAGCGGUCCCCAGAGGAGCUGGUGACCAAUAACCUGAUGCUGGAGCUGGGCGCCCUGCUGAAGCGCACCGAGCGACUCCGCCAGGAGAGGGCGUCGGAGGUGCGCAAGCGGAGAUCCAGCGUGGACUACAGUUGGCUGGCUGCGCCGCCCCCGAAACAACCCUUCGAGCUCACCCCUGGGGAGGUGCUGGAGUUGCAGGACCUGUGUGCCAAGAUCCGCCCGUCCCAGUGCGGCCCUGUCAUACUGAGGUUCAGGAAGCUGGUGACAGAGUUUGAGCCGGACGUCAACGAGGUGCCCCGGAUCUUCCGCUCGGUGCUGAACGACUGCCUGGACGAGGACGAGAUCGGGAUGGAGGAGGACGAGAGGGCGCAGGCCAGCCGCUGGGAGAAGCAGCGCAGCAAGAGCCUGUCCUACGUCACCUUCCGCUCCAAGCUGCGGAUCAACCCCUUCCGGGGCGGUCUCAAGGGACACGACGAGGAGGCCUGGACAUGCGACGAGGAGGACGACGUGCCGGUGGGGGUCGUCGGAAGGACGAGGAGGGUGAGGAGCAUGCCCGACAUGACCCCCAUCGAGGAGAGGGCACAGAGCUAA